GUAAAGAAGAAGAGGAAGAACAAGCUGAGCACUUCUCCUUCUCUACCGCAGAGUUGCAGUUGUUUACUGUUUGUUACAGUUCAAGUUUCUCUGACAGCCAUUGUUACAAAUGGUGUGGAAUUAAAAAAAGGUUCGUGUUAGCUGCCUACCACAAAAUACACCCUGACAAACGAUGCAAACAGCUCUCUGUCCACCGUGUCCAGAGGCAGGUCACAUUUGAUCUGCCCGCUGCUGCUGCUGCUAGCCUGUCAGCUAGUCCCCGACGGUUAGCUCGACUGCAGCAGACGAACAGUCAGAAUGACUAAAAGUUAAGCUAGCACUGAAACAAAACUCCACAGAAAGACGAAUAAGAACACUGACAACACUAAUGCUUGAAACUUUUCUGCUCCCAUGUGGAUUUUAUCCAGUGUUUUAAGUCGCUGUUUGCAGAGGGUAAUAACUUGUAGUGUUUGUACUGGAGCUCACUGUCAGCAAUGUUGGUCAGUACUACACGCCUACUCGGAAGAGGGAGAAUUUUGCUCCGUUAUCCGUUUAAGAGGAUUUGCAUAAACAUGUCGUCCUCCUCUACUUCUGGUAAGAGACUGCGGGUUCUGGUGGACAUGGACGGGGUCCUGGCGGACUUCGAGGGCGGUUUCUUGAACAAGUAUCGUGCCAGGUACCCGGAAGAGCCCUACAUUGCCCUGGAAGACAGGAGAGGGUUCUGGGUGUCAGCGCAGUACGGACAGCUGAGGAGUGACCUGUGUGCGAAAGCCAUCAGUAUCUGGGAGUCCAAAGACUUCUUCAUAGACCUGGAGCCCCUGCCUGGAGGAGUCGAGGCGGUCAAGGAGAUGGCCAAGAUGGAUGACACAGAUGUCUUUAUUUGCACCAGUCCUAUAAAAAAUUAUAGACACUGUCCUCAUGAAAAGUACGCCUGGGUGGAGAAGCAUUUGGGUUAUGACUUUCUGGAGCAGGUCAUUCUGACCAGGGACAAGACAUUAGUCACCGGUGACCUCCUCAUAGAUGACAAGCCUGACAUUCUAGGCGUGGAGCCCAAACCAACAUGGGAACACAUCCUGUUCACUGCCUGCCAUAACAAGCAUCUGCCUGUCAGCUCCUCCCAGAGGCGCCUCCUGUCCUGGUCGGAUGACUGGAGGGCCAUCCUGGACAGCAAACGGCAGUAAGGAGCUCCUUCACCUAUGACCCUGGCAUCUCAGUUAGUGGAAAUUUUGAGGAUCACUGUCUCACCAGUGAGCGUCCAGGCUCGGCGAGAUCUGCAUCAACUUCUUAAAAAGGGAGGUUGAAACGGAGGUCAUAUGUUCCACAUAAACUAGACAGUUUGUACACCCUAUUGGGAGAAGAGGCUCACGUAUUUGACCACAAGGGGGCACUCUGAGACCGACUAUGAAGUCAUGUCAACAACUGCAUUUCCAACAAUUUCAGUGAAAACGAGUCAACAUGAAGACAAAAUGAAUUCAUAAUGGACACACGAUAAGUCUGAAAGGGCAGAUGGUGUUGAUGGAGCCUUUUGGUCUGCAGUCUGGAUGCUUCUUGGAUUCCUAGCUGUGGAUAUUUCUGUUCAAGAUCAGGCAGAUUUUGUUUGUAACCGUUUUUGGUUUGUUUGGUUUAUCUGUGGCCUUCAACACAAAAGGCUUAUUAGUAGUUCAAAGUACUGUGUUGCAUUAUGAAUCAGUGAUUCACUCAACAGAAAACUCCACUACACAAUCACAGAACUGUAUGCACUGGUGAGCAGAGCAGAAACUCUACAUACACAUUUUAAAGUGACCUCAACUUACAAAGACUGUAAAAGUUUUAGUAGGUUAUUUAUUUUACAUGUAUUUCACAGGAGUGAACCAUACCACUGUUAUGUAAAUGCACACGUACAGGGAAAGAGUUGAAAUGGCUACCUUGGUGCUCUUUUUUAAUGUUUUUUCUCUGUGUUUCACAAUUAUCUAUGCAUUUCAGUUAACACUCAGCAAAACACUUGCACAUACACACACGCAUGUUGCCAAAAACCUCACAAGUACAGAAUAUAUCAGUCGUUAAAAAUAUGUGCAAAAUAAGGGAUUUAAAAAAAAGCAAAUUACCUAUUGUAAAUACGUUUAAAUGAGAAAAUAUGUUGAGAACUGCAACAUAGUUUGUUUUCAGACACAUUUUUACUACAAGUUGUCUAUAUAAAUGAUUUCUGCCAUAUACAGUUAGCUCUUUGUCUUUAUGUCUCUUUAUGUCUGAUAAAACCUGUUUCAUUUCCAUUAGAUUUUAUCUUAGUUUUAAUUGUAGCUUGUUUACUGAAGCAUAUUACAGCAGAUUUUAGUUAUAGAGUUUUUUAAAAAAAACUCCAGAUUCUCAGAGUACCUCCACAAAACAUUAAGUAUUUCUAUUUAUUUUAGCAUGUCAUUUAACAGUAGAAAAUGCAAAUCGAUUGAAACGUUUUUACAUGGUUCAUCCACAUUUGCCACAAAGCUGGGUUUUUUUUUUAGUACAAAAUUCUUCUAUCAGUGGAUUUUCUUUGUCAAAAUUUGCUUUGUUCUGCUUCAUGCUCUUUUAAGACACACUGUGAGUAUUCACAAGCUGAAUUUGAACACAUUGUGCUUCUUUCUGACAGGCCAGUCAUGAUUUUUGCCUUUUGCUGCUAACAUGCCUCUUUUCUUUUUUUUGGAAACAAAGCAGGAGAUGCUUAACAUUUGUUAUGGAAGAUGUACUUAGUGCUGUGCUAUUGUGCCUAGUUUAAUGUACAAAUUCAAACAUGUUGAUUUUUGUCUAUGGGAUGUUUUAGUGCUGCGUUUUGCUCAAUUAACCCACGCACAAAAAAAGAAUACCCCGUCAACCAGGGCACUUUAAGUGGUCUUCAGUUUAUGUGCAUCAUUAAAAGUGCAUUUUACUUUC